AUGCGCUCAAAUGCAGCGUCUUCGAUGCAGAAGACGUACGACGAGUGCUAUCUUAUGUGUUCCACGGCCGUGUACUUUGAAGGCCAGAACAACGAAGAAGAAGCAUUAAGAUCCUGGCGCUCUGCCCUUGAGGCGAUAUAUUAUCACAAUGCCCACCGAAUACCCUCGAAAUACGUCCCGAAAUCAGAAACCGAGAAAGCUCUCCAAGAGUCGCUUCGUCAGUUGGAGAUCCAAUGCCGAGAGCGGGUCGAUCUCCUCGGAGCUCUCCGCGAAAGCAGAAAAGAAGCAAAGGAGAAGAAUAAUCGAACUUCCCCAGAUGGUGGCAAGCCAGGAGUACUAUCUAAAGGGAAAGCAGUUUCCAGGUCCCCCGGUACUCCAAGUACCCCGGGCUGGAUUGGAGAGGGCACGAUUCCCGCGGUCGGCUACACAGAUCUAUCCAAACCGCCAACAUUCCCGGGACGGCCACCACCUGUGAGCAAACCCAGCACGGAUUCCCUUUCGAACGAGGAUGGGAAUGGAAUUGGAUUUGGGGCUGCACCUGCGACAAGCUCGCCAGCCUUCCGAGUCCAGUCCAAUUCCUCAGGUAAAACCAAGUCCCGCAAUUCGAGUCCUGAAAGACGGAAACCGAUGCCCACCACUCUACGCAGUUCGGAUCCCAAAAAGCAGGCCAAGAAAAAGAAGAAGGAUAGCCCAAAUUCAAAGCGCAAGGAAAUGCGCCCGGCUGCAUCUCAAGCGGCCGGUUUGGCUUGGGGAAGUAUUUAUCGGUCUCCUUCAUAUUCGGAAAAGACACCGAGCGAUGCGGCGCUGGUAUCGUCCCGAAUCACUGCUUCGAGUGACCCGGGAUUCCGUAAAGAGCAACCUGCUUCCGGGGAUGAGUUGCUGAUGAGGAGAAAGGGUCGAGGAGAGGCUGCGGAUGAUCGUGUACCGAGAAAUUUGCGAAAACCGCGUGGCUCUGAUGCUGCACGACAUCUUCCUACGAAAGCAUCAGCACCAGCGACUACUACUCACUCUCCAGCUGGUCCUCGCCCGCAAGUGGGAAAUCGCCACAAGUCUUCCUCUUUCUCUACGUCCCAACCAAAGGAUGCUAUUCAGCCAACCUCCUCCCCUAAACCGUCCGUCAAACCCAAGCCUGUCGCGUUGAGGUCAUCAAACCCAUCACGGCCUGUUUCAGGUUCUGUUUCUAAUGGAGUUGGAUCUCCUAUCAAACCACCUCGGUCCGGUUGGCCAGCAGACUCAUCGAACAAGCCGCCAAAUGAGUCUAAAUCCCAAUCGAAAGUCACACCUUCUAUUGGAAAACCUUCUUAUGUUUCCAACUCAUCGGGGAGCGGCGAUGAUGGACUCAAUCGCUCUAUGGACCGGAUGUCCGUCUCACAUGGGGGACCCCGACGAAAGCCAGUAGCUAAACCUAGAGUCACGCCCCCUUCGAGUGAUCAGGAAUCACCGGGUCCUAAAUCUACCGAUGAUGAAACGGACAACGAGGAGGAGGAUGAAGAUGAUGCCAUUAUGGACAUCAUGAACAAGCUUCCAAAGGGAGUGGAUACCGCUGCGGCACGGCAAAUUCUCAACGACAUCGUUGUCCGAGGUGACGAAGUCCAUUGGGAUGAUAUAGCAGGUCUGGAGGGGGCGAAAAAAGCACUCAAAGAAGCGGUGGUGUACCCAUUCCUUCGUCCGGACUUAUUCUCAGGUCUCCGGGAACCUGCGCGGGGAAUGCUUCUUUUUGGGCCCCCGGGAACCGGAAAGACAAUGCUUGCGAGAGCGGUGGCUACGGAAUCCAAGUCGACUUUCUUUUCUGUCUCUGCAUCUACGCUAACGUCAAAGUGGCACGGUGAGAGUGAGAAGCUUGUUCGUGCACUAUUCGGACUAGCCAAAGCACUGGCUCCGUCCAUCAUUUUUGUCGAUGAAAUAGACUCUUUACUAUCAUCACGAUCGUCAGGUUCAGAGAAUGAGGCAUCACGACGAUCAAAGACAGAAUUCCUGAUUCAGUGGUCUGAUCUUCAACGAGCAGCAGCUGGCCGCGAGCAGCCCAGCAAAGAGAAAAAGAUGGGAGACGCAAGUAGAGUCCUUGUAUUGGCAGCUACUAACAUGCCCUGGGAUAUUGACGAAGCAGCGCGACGACGAUUCGUCCGCAGACAAUACAUCCCCCUUCCCGAACACCAUGUUCGAGAGCAACAGCUACGAAAAUUACUCAGUCACCAGGUCCACGAGCUGAGUGAUGCAGACAUUGAAGCAUUAGUCGAAGUAACAGAGGGCUUCUCCGGCUCCGACAUUACCGCUCUAGCCAAAGAUGCCGCCAUGGGCCCCCUCCGCAACCUAGGCGAAGCCCUCCUCCACACCCCUAUGGAUCAAAUCCGACCCAUCGAAUUCAAAGACUUCAACGCCAGUCUCUCCUCCAUCCGACCCAGUGUAAGUCAGGAAGGAUUACGCGAGUACGAGCAGUGGGCGAAGAAUUUCGGGGAACGCGGUGGAUGA